CGGUUCGCAAAUGUAGACAUAGCUACUCGCUGCAAGAGCAAAGAGAUGCGUUUGGGAGACGAGGGAGCAGUUGGAACCGAACGAUUCUUUGUGAAGUCAAUCAACGAAAAGCAGUCAAUCAAUGGUCCCCUUGUUGUAUAAUACUACUACGUUUGUGUCUAGGAAAAACUUCGGGAAUGGUUAGGAAAACGUCCGGGUUGACGAUGACUUGCUGCCUGCCAGAAGCUGUGUUCCGAUCAGUCUCCUCUCUUCACUUGAGUUCGUUCUUCCCCAAACACAGCCAACGGACUCGACCUGGAUUGUUGUUCUCUGCAGGGAGAUCGCCAGUUGCUCAGCAUGGAGACCAUGGGCGGGCUUUGGAGCUACCGCGACCAGAUGGCAUCCAGCAGUUCCUACAGCUCCCCAGGUACCGUCUCGUCUGCCUACACAUCUACUACCGGCUCGCACCUCUCCUCCAUCCCUACGGAGGCGGCCAUAAACCUGGAACUGGAAGACAGCAUCGACCUGCAGGAAGAGAGGGAGAGGAGGACGAAGCAGAUUAAGAGCACUGUCCAGGAAUUCUUCCGUUCCCCGUCCGCGAAUCGCAGCGUCGUCAAAGGCGGGGACAUGAGGGUCCUGGGGAGGUGGUUCACGGAGCUGGGCGUGGGGUGGGUUCUACACCUCCCCGUCGCUGAUGGCACAACAUCAUCUUCAGGUGCUGGGAAAACUUAUGAUGCAAGGACCUGGAUCUGGGCUCUCGCCGAAAUCAUGGAAACAAUCCAUUUCACGACAUCGCUAUUCCCCGAUCGCAGCUCCCUGGGCCUGGACACCAAGGAGGCUGAGGAAGAGGCUACCAUCCGGGAUCAGUACCGGCUUGCAAGGUUUAUCCAGGAAGCCAUGCUAACAAUGCUGGCUUUUGUUGACGUCAUAGCCGCUGCUCCUCCGGUUGAUGAUGCCAGGACGACCGCUGGAGAAGAAGUUGUUGUCAGCAAUGGGGUGCCGCUGCUGCCGUACGCGAAGCUCCGUGCCCUGUUGGGCGUGCGCGGUGCUCUGUCCAGGGCCUUAACAGAGAUCAGGCUGUCAUUCCACUCGCCUCUCUCUGCACAAGUCGAAAGCAUAGUUGACGCCAUCAUCAGCCUCUUGUCAGCCAAGGAGAGCAAGGCAGGUGAGGCCAUAUGGAGCACAAUGGUACAGCACACUAGGUCUAGGACACAUACCCUGGAGAUGGGUACUCAUCAAGGAUCAUCGGACAUUCACAAGGGCACUCGGUCCGUGAUAACCAACAUCAAGUUCCUGCUGUUCAAUUACUCAUCGGUGGCCGCAGUUGUCUCUGAAGCAGCUAACCUUGGUAAGUAUGUGCCUCAGAUUGGAAGCGUUCGGCCUUUGGACAGCAUGAUCAUAGAGAUGGCGUCUUGUCUAGAAGAAAAUCUUGCCAGCAGAUCGCAGUCAUUUGCAGAUCAAGGCCUCAGGUUCUUAUUCUUGCUCAACAACUCAUACUUCAUACGGCAGCAGAACCUCCUGAUUGAUCUCGACAUAUUCGACAUGGCACAACUCACUCGUAAAGUUGAAGACUAUAUGGAGACCUAUCUGCAAGUGUCUUGGUCACCGGUGUUGUCGUGCUUGCUCACUCCUACGCCUAGUUGCUUCGGAAAAAACUGCUCCCCACUGCCUAAGUUCGAGUUUGAAUUUCAGAAAACCUACUCAACCCAAAAGCUGUGGAAGGUCCCAGAUCCUGAGCUGAGAAAAAACUUGCGCAGAGCUAUCACCGAGAAAAUCAAUUCAGGCUAUACAAAAUACAUAGAGGAUAACAAUGUUACUACCCUAAAAUUCACUCCCCAGAACCUGCAAGAGAUGUUGCAAGAGCUGUUCGAAGGAUGAACGAGAGCACCACACAAGACAAGUCUACGUAGGUAAAUUCCUUCUGUGUUGAUUUUGGGAUGGAAUGUUAAGCACUGUAGCUUAAAAUGACAUGGCUUCUCAAGCUGUGAAUGAAGCAGACGAUAGGCUGAUGCAAUGUAAACUUCGUAUGGUCAUGUAUUUUGUUUACCGUUUCUGAAAUAAAUAUGGAACAGCAGAAAGCUUUCUGUACAUUCUGCCUUGCAGGUUUGUACUAGAAUAUAUAUUCUAUUCUUUCUCCUCAAAUCACAACCCUCCAGGAUAGACACUUUUCCAAAUCAAUACAUGUGCGGUAACUGAAUCUUUGAUGCCAUGUGGGCUGUGGCACCAGAGAUGGAGGCAUCAGAUACAAUGUUCGAAUGGUGCUAUAACAGUAAGCAUUUUACUUGCUCGAAUGUCAGUAGAUGCUUUUUACAACGAACAGACUAUACAAGUAUG